AACCAACCGUCACAUGAUGCUGACUCAGCAACCCCAGAGAGAGAUCAGGAUCUCGAGUACAGUAUAGUACCAGUGCAUACUGUAGACGUAGACACUGUUUGCAUACUUCAGAGACACCGGUGAGACUAAUGGCGGGGGGCUAUCAGAAACUGGACAACAUCAUCGACCAUGUCGAGGAGGCACAUCAAGAAAGAAGCAGUACGCAUGCUUCGAGCACCUAUAAUCGCAUUGCUGUGCAAGCAAUGGAAUUGAGAAAGAGAAACUUCAAUUUCUCGUCGUAUUACAAGAACCAGGCGAUCACAGACACAGAGUAUCACCUUAGUGACCAGAUCAUUCCUGUUGACUCUGAAGAGAGGGCAUUCAUUAUCAAGAGAAAACCAGACGUUUGUGUUCAACUCUUCUUGAACCUGCUGUCCAAAGUGAGAAAAGAUGAAUCGCUACAGAUGAUCAUGACCGUUCUCAGUGACAUCACAGAGGAUGAAAACACCACUAAACUGUUGGUAGCCAACCAAGGGUGUGAGCUGAUAAAACCACUACUGAACAUUCUCUUUAGAAACGACAAUUACAACAAAUUUCAAGCUAGUCUGGUGGUUGCUCGACUGGCUGCCAGCAGUAAGGACAUUCUACCAGCUGAUGACCUCAGGCAGUUCCUCUCCUGGACCAUAGGACAACUCAGCCCAGCCAUGGAGCAGUAUUGGGAGUGUGUGUCAAAGACUCUCAUGACCUUCCUCAAGAAAGAGUGCUACAGAAACGACUUCUACAGUGCCAACGGAAUCAAACCAGUCUUGGAUGUGCUGGAUCGCCGUGUCUCGUUUCAGCUCCACUACCAGCUGGUGUUUAUCAUCUGGAUGCUCUCCUUCAAUGUGGAGAUUCUAGAGAAGAUGAAGGAGUACCCAGUUGCCGUGGUGUUGUGUGAUGUCCUCAAGGCCACUAACAGAGAGAAGGUUCAGAGAAUCAUUCUAGCCACCUUCAGGAACUUCAUUGAGCUGCCGUCCAAGACCAUCUCUGCACUGUAUGCAACAGAUAUCAUUCACUUCAAGGUUAUUCCAGUGUUGAGUGUGCUCAUGAAACAGACCAGAGACGACACGGACCUCACGGAGGACGUUGAGUUCCUGCACGAGAAACUUAACAACUAUCUACAAGACCUCAGCUCGUUUGACGAGUAUUCCGCUGAGGUGAAGAGUGGCCGCCUGGAAUGGAGUCCCUGUCAUCGCUCGGACAAAUUCUGGAGAGAAAACGUAAUGCGCUUGAACGAAAACCGUCACGAGAUAUUGAGAAUGUUGGUGGCCAUUUUAGAAGAGUCUCAGAAUUCAACGGCCAUCGCUGUGGCGUCACAUGACCUGGGAGAGUAUGUGAGAUACUACCCCAGAGGGAAGAAAAAUGUUGACGAACUUGGAGGAAAGAGCCUAGUGAUGAACCUGGUCAACCAUGGCAACUCGGAGGUUCGUAUGCAGGCACUACUGGCCAUUCAAAAGAUGAUGGUUCAAAACUGGGAGUAUCUUGGCAAGCAGCUGCAGGGGAAGUCAUGACAAUGGACGAUCUGAUUGCCAGCUAUAUAGCCGUUGUAGUUGAUAGCACUUAAGUAUUAUAGGCAGAGCAUUGUUGUUUAUUUUGUCAGCGUGAUAAUGAUAUGUUCCGUA